AUGGAAAUGUUUGCCAAAGUCAAAGGGUCCAAAACACCGGGCAGAGAUGUGGCAGACAUGAUGGAGAGGAUUCGUGAACAGAUAAACGGAAGAUUAAAGGACAGCGAGCGGGCUCGAAAGGAGAGAGACGAAGAAGAAAGGAAGCAUAGCGGAGCCAAGGGAAAGGGGAAAAAGAGGACAAGACAAGAGGACCAGGGCAAAGGAAAUAAGGGAAAGGCGAAAGAACGAAGGAUCUGGGAAGAUGAGGAUGAAGAGGAUUUAAACAAGACACUAAUGGAGGCAGCAGAGGCGGUAGAGGAAGCGGAGGCGUCGAUGAGCGAGCUUGAACAGGUUUUUAGGUGGGAGGAUGAAAGCUCGCAGGAUCUGCCACGUCCAAACAGCAGCUCCACGCCGACACCAGGGGGAGAAGCUACCAAGGAGGCUGGAGGAAAGAGCAGCAAAGGCAGAGAUAAGGAGGAGAGCGCAAUAGGAAACAGAAAGAGGGGCAACACGCUGAUGGCAACGGAGGAAGAGAGACCUGAGCAGGAAACAGGAAAGGCCAAAAUAAGGCAGGUUGAAGUAUUACAGCCGGUAAUCAAGAUCAUGCGGCUAAAAACUGAUGAAAUCAGGGGCAGUGAGAUGGAAGCGGAAGGCAAGGGAGAAGAAGAAACAGGGACGGGGGCGAAGCAGGAGGAGGAGCAAAAGCUCAUAAGAAUGAUUAGGGAAAUGAGGGCCAACUUCGAAAAGGACAAAGAGGCAAAGGGUAAACGGAGCGAGGAGAAACGGGGCGAUGAUAGCGAAACCAGAAAACGGGACGAUGAUAGGGGAACCAGAGAGGGGAAGAAGCAGAAGGAAGGAGGAAUAGGAAGUGAAGGAGGAAAGGGGGAUAAGAAAGGAAGGAAAGGGGGGAACAGAGGAGAAGAGGUGAUACUUAUCAAAUAUCCCAAGGAAGAUAUAGGAUACUGGGGAGCAGUCAAAUGGCUGAAGACGGUGGUCGGCGAGUAUUCAGAAAAUUUUCAGGAGAUAAGGGACACGAGGAAAGGGGACAUUUUGAUAGCGGUUAAAAACGACCCGGACUUGGAUAAGGAAGAACUGCUGAGAGCUUACGGGGAGAGCAGGCUAGGGGAGUUUGUUAGAAACGGGGACAUCAGAUUUAGAUGUAUUAAGGGGCCGGAGGGCACGUGCCACAGGAUUGCCUAUCUAGACUGCACAAGAGAAGCUGCCAAGGAGAUGGUGCAGGAGAAAGAAAUCCGUACCAAAUGGCAGGAGUUAAGGCCCUUCUUUCCAAGGAGGAAGUCUGAUGGCGAGGACAGGAGCAAGAAAAAGGACGGAAAGGGUAACACGGGAGCGAAGAAGGAAGUGAGGAAGGAAGAUAAGGAAGCGACAGAAACAGAGCAGUGGGCCAAACCUGGCACAAGCAAAGAGCCAUGGUAG